AUGGAAAAGAAAGAAAAUAGCAAGUCGAAGUUCGAUGAAAAAUGUGUUGAAAUGGUAAGAAACGUACUAGAAGGCCGAUCGACGAUUAAGAGUGAAGUUUAUAAGACAAAGGACCCGAAGAUGUACCACAGACUGGUGCAUAUGGUGGUUGAGAAUUAUGACUUGUUGCUUGAGGUGAUAAAGAAAUGUAAGUACAUGGAAGAAGAUCAGGAAUUAGGAGUGGUGAAAUGUUUCGAGAUAUUAGACAGGCGAUUGAAAAAUACCAGGAUGUACAAGAAGUUUAAAAAAGCUCUCGAUGGAAGAAAGCUAAAGUUGACGAAGCCAUCUGUGUUUAUAAGGAUCAAUCCAUUAAAGAAUGGUACAGAGAAGGACAUAGAUUUUCUAAAACACGAAAAGACAUGUAUUGAUGGAGUGUAUAAAAUCCUGGACUCUAAAGAUAUUGUUUUCUCUGAGGAAUAUAAGAAUGGUAAGUUUUUGAUCCAAAAUAUUUCGUCUUGCCUUCCUGCACACAUACUUAAUCCCGAUGAAGGAUCCAGAGUUAUAGAUACAUGCUCUGCACCCGGAAACAAAACAUCGCAGUUGGCAAUGAUCAUGAAGAAUACAGGUAAGAUAUACGCUUUUGAGAGAGAUAAAGCUAGGGCAAAGACACUUAAAAUCCGAUUAGAAAGAUUAGGAGUAAACAAUACGGAUGUUAUAGAAGAGGACUUUAUGAAGACCAAUCCGGAAGAUUUCAAAGACAUCCGAUAUAUUCUAUGUGAUCCAAGUUGUUCAGGAUCUGGAAUGCAUUUUGGGUAUAAAAUGGACAAGGAGCGAAUAGAAGGCCUUAAAUCAUUUCAAGUGGGCAUUGUUAAGCAUGCUUUAAAAUUCAAGCCUGAAAAGCUUAUGUACUCUGUAUGUUCCAACCACAAAGAAGAAGGAGAGGAAGUGGUGGAAGAAAUCCUAAAGGAUUCUGAAUAUGAGCUAGAAGAUAUAAGCAUGUUCUGGGGCCCUAGCUGUCCUUCAGAGUUUCCAUUUAGUCGGAAUGUAAUAAGAUGCAGGAGAGACGACAAUGGAGCCACCGGGUUCUUCAUAGCUCUUUUUAGAAGAAAGAAAUAG